AUGAGACUGACUGCUAUUGUCUUCCUUGCAUUUCUUGGGGCCACACAAGCCUCCUGGUUCUCUUCGCCAGAAUAUGCAUCCUGGUCUUCUGCCCAACUUCAAUCUUGGCUCGCAGAGCACAACGUGCCAGUACCCUCUGCGUCGACGACACCUUCUCUGGCGGACUUGCAGGCACUGGUCAAGCAGAACUGGGACGCUGCAGCAUCCUGGACCGCCGACCAAUCCACCCGCGCCCAAGUUGCGUUCGCUGAGCUCAAGGCCGACGCGUUCGACGCGUGGGAUGAAAGUCGCCUGAAGGAGUUCCUUCUCGAGCAAGGUGUCGUUAACCCAAGUGGUCCCCGCGAGCAGCUCGUGUUGUUGGCCAAGCAGAAGUACGCGCAGGCGAGCAGCUUGGCUAGCACCGUCAGCGCUUCGGCAAGCACGGCUGUUUAUGGUGACUGGAAACACCAGGCGAGCAAGAGUGCGAGCUCUGCGGUUGCACAAGCUACUGAAGACAUAGCCCAGGUGAUGGAUGAUACGAAGGACUACGUGUAUUCGACAUGGGAUGACAAUCGUCUCCGUGCGUAUCUGGAAGAGCACGGCGUGAUUGAGACGAAGACGCAGGCUACGCGCAACCAACUACUCGCCCACAUGCGCGACUGUUAUGCCAAGGUCGCCGACCCGAUCUGGGAGGCUUGGUCCGACUCUUACAUACACAACUGGCUUAUCGACCAUGGUAUCAUUCAAUCGACUACGCAAAAGAAGCGAGAUCAAUACCUCGAUCUCAUGCGCAAGUAUUACUAUGAUGCCUACGACACGGUGUACUCUUCUUGGACGAACAGCCAAGUGAAAGCGUGGCUCGUGGAGCGUGGCGUCAUCAAGUCGGAAGCGCAGCUCCAACGUGAGAAGAUGAUGAAGUUGAUCAGCGACAACUACGUGCACGCCCAAGAUACGGUCUGGAGCGCGUGGAGUGACAGCCAGAUGAAGGAAUGGCUUGUCGAGCACGGAUACAUCAAGAGUGAUGCGCAGAAGGCCCGGGAUGAGCUCGUCGACCUCAUGAACACCAAGUACCGUGAGGUCUCUGCACGUACGGCACCUUACCUUGUCUGGCCCGACGCCCGCCUCCGCGCGUUCCUGCGCGAGCGUGGUGUAUCUGAGGAAGCACUCCCCACCUCACGCCCUGGGCUGCUGCAGGAGACACGCAUCCGGUAUGUCCAGGCAAGCACAGGCGCUGAAGCGCUCUUCGCGCGCGUGCGAGAAGUGAUCAACGGCGGCGUCGAGGUCGCAGAAGAGCAGCUCGGCAAGGUGCUCGAGAUCCUCACGGGGGGUGUGGAGCGCGCCGGUGAGAAAGCGAAGGAAGAGAAGGCGUAUGUCGAGAAGGAGGUGGACGAGAAGGGGACGAAGAAGGUCGAGCUGUGA